UUAUGAAUGCUAAUAAACAAGCUGAAGAGCAGCCAGAGGAGGAUGCAACAGAAUUGAAAUUUCCCAAAGAUUUUGAAGUUCCUGGUUGUGAUGCUUUAAUGAUUUCAGAAGUUUUUCUUCUCCUCGAUCAUAGACGUAAACAAUCGGAACAAAAAGAAGAAAUCGAAGAUAUAAGCGAAGUUUUCUUGAAAACUCUAAACUACACUCGAAGACUUUCGAAAUUUAAAAGUCGUGAGACAAUUCGUUCUGUUAGAGGAAUAUUUUCUGGAAAGUUAAAUCUACAUAAAUUUGAAGUUGCUCAGAUUGCUAAUCUUUGUCCUGAAACAUCUGAGGAGGCAAAAGCGUUGAUACCUAGGUUGGGAAUUGUUGAACUUUUAACUUUAUCUAAUUUAUUUUUUUUAAGUUUGGAAAAUAAAAUGGAAGAUGAAGAAUUAGAUGAAUUAUUAAAGGAUUUACAUGCGAAGAAAACAUUCCAAUAA